UUCUGCUGUUCAUUUUCCGUAAGAUUUUAGCACAACACAGCUUCUUCUCACUCCUCACUCCUCUCCUCUCCUCUCCUUCCUUACCCACCAUUUUCUCUCUCUCUCUCCAUUUUCAUCACAAUUUCCAAAAUCAACAGAGCAUGAAGUUUGAAGAAUUUUAACAAGAACAACAAGAACAACCUGUUCCUGUUUAGUUUGAUUCUCUCUCGGAGUUUUUUGGUUCGAAUUCAUGGGCUGUUCUGCUUCCAGACCCAUCAGCUUCCCCCCUACAGACCCUGAAAGUUCUUCUGCUUCUGCUUCUUCUCCGCCGGUCGCCGGAGCUUUCUCUCUCCCUACGCCGCUCAUCCACCAUCCGCCCGUCGGCGACGGCGACACCCACCAUCUUGUCACUCUCACUUCCACUACCUACGGUUCUCUCCUCCUCAUUGACCGUCCCAAGCAUUUUCCCGACCAGUCUCCUUCGCCGGACCCGCCGGAUCCCGACCACGCCUUGUCGCCGGAUUCCGUCAUCAACACCUGGGAGCUAAUGGACGGCCUCGACGACUUCGAUUUCAACUCCGACGCCAUUCCAAACCCCGACCUCGCGGUUGCCAAAACGAUUACGAAAACUCCCUUCAACACCCUCGGAUCGGCGAAUUGUUUGGACAAAACGGAGGAUGCGCUUUCGCCGUCUUCCAUGGUGAAGCCGCUUUGGCAGCAUUUGUCCGAGGAAGCUCUGCUCGCGAAAUUGGACCCUAACGUCGUCUUCAGUUACCGGCGAGCGCUGUCCUCGCGCCAAUUAGGGUCCAAUGGCAAUCGGAGUAGCGCGAAAUCAGUCGGUUCCAGUCCUCUGUGUUCGUCGUUCUCCAACAGCUGGUUCCGUCUCCCCGGCGGACAACACAAAGUGGUAAUCUACUUCACGAGCUUGAGAGGAAUUCGGAAAACCUACGAAGACUGCUGUUCGAUUCGCACAAUCUUCCGAGGCUUCAGAGUUCCGGUGGAUGAACGAGACAUUUCCAUGGAUUCGUCGUACAGGAAAGAGCUGCAGACUGCCAUUGGAGGGAAGACGGUGAGUUUGCCGCAAGUGUUCAUAAGGGGGAAGUACAUCGGCGGCGCUGAGGAGAUCAAACAGCUGAAUGAGUACGGCGAAUUGGCGAAGCUGUUGGUGGGAUUUCCUGUUUGGGAUGUGAAAUCUGAGUGCGAAAGGUGCGGGGGAGCAAGGUUUCUGCCAUGCCCGAACUGCUAUGGCAGCCGGAAGGUGUUUGAGGAAGACGAAGGAGAGUUGAGAAGAUGCCCUAAUUGCAAUGAAAAUGGGUUGAUCAAAUGCCCACAUUGCUGCUCCUGAAUUGCAAAUAACUUAGGUAUUUACUCAAUCAUUUAUCACUAUCAUUGCUGCUAUAAUAUAACUUGUAUGAAAUCAAAAUGCUGCUUCUCUGCUAGCUGCUUGAAGAAUUUGCUGGAUUUAUCUGUUCAUUCUCCAUGAACAGUGUAUAAUCAUUAAGAAAAAAGUGAUGUUUUCAUGUGUUCUUCAACAUAUAUUGAGUUAUGUGGACAAACAUGUUAUAUGGAAGAUAUAUGGACUUGCAUUCUCUAUUUUGUUUGCUA